AUGCAGCCUCUUGUUGACUACCACGACAACACUUGCCCCAAGUGCAACGCCGCCAUCGAGGGCGGCGGCAAGACUUGCGGUAGCUGCGGUGCUGCUCGGCGCCGAUCAAAGAGUCUAGUAUGGGAUGGGGGCCACAUGACUAGACAUUGGCACGUGGACAAGGAGGCUGUCUUUGAUAAGACCAGUCAAGAUAAGGAUACCAAGACGGAUAAGCAUCUUGGUUCAAGCUGGCUGAGGAAUGACGGCCAGUUAUAA